AUGGGGUUGCUGAAGACAGGUGUGUCGGGAAAUACGUGUCCUUAUGUGCAAGAGGACCAAGCAUUACGCCUCAUAUCCGAACUAGAAGAUCACAGACUUGAGUCCUUUAAGCAGCGGGUGCAGACAUUGGAGAGUCAGUUGGAGGUGUAUGACCAACGGCCUGAUCCCACUCGGUCGUUGCAGCAUUUUGCUGCGACAGGGGACCGUAAGGAUCUGCUGUGUGCCUUGAUGACCCAACCCUACUUCAAGGAUGUGCCUGAGGACCUCGUUGCAACCCUCGCCGAAGGGAUUCCAGACUCGAGCCUUGAUUCAGGUAAGUCAAUCCUGAAAACCCUUCCCCUCAAGCGCGCUGCACGGCGUGGCCUGCUCAGCUCGGAUCGCUGGGUAGUUCACUUGUGCUCGGGACCUGAGACCUCUGGGGAUCCUAUCGCUAGUUGGUGUGACAAGAGUGGUAUGGCUUUCUUGAGGGUGGACCUAAGACAACGGGGUGGAAAGGGCUGGGACUUGCUUUGCACGGAUGGGGUGUGGAAGGUUCUUCUGUGGGCCGCUGCUCAUGGGAAGGUAUCUGUGCUGCUUUCUUCCCCACCUACGGUGAGAAAUGGAAAGAUCAGCCGACUGCACCUGCAGGACAUGUUUCUCUGGUCUUUGGCAUCGGUAUCCCGAGGCCGAGGCAUCCCAUAUGUUGCGGAGGCGGUUGGGAUUCAAGAGGAGGUUUGUGAGAGCUUCCGACGCUGGUCUGGAAUGAAUCGGUUCCUUAUUAGCCAAGGGGCUUUGGGUGAUGAUUACGCACGCCCUACUGUGCUCACAACCAAUUUGGAUUUCAGCCACGUUGCGAGUCUCCCGUGUGCUGGAAGUUCAGUCCCGCCUCCCAAUGGUAGGAUCUGGAGUAAGGCACUUCGAGAAGAGUUGGUGAAGACCCUUUUGGGGACCCCUUCAGGCCCUGAUUGUGAGAUCUUGGAUAGAGUGAUUGCGAAGGGGUUAGCAGAGCGCGGCCCAAGUGCAAUCAACAAUCCCGAUGGUUCAAUGAUGGUGUGCCCCUCGGCCUUGGCAGCUUCGGAGGCUGAGGCGCUUGCGCGUGCUUUUGAGGCUGAAAGCAUCAUUGAUUCAGACUCCGAAGGGGAACCUGAUGAAGCGGUGGCGCUGGAUGAGCUAGGUGAUGGCACUUCCGGUGAAGGUGUUGAGCCUGAGUGUGUAAAGGGAGUUCAGGGUGGUGACUGUCCACCUGGGAAUGCGUCUCAGGAGGAGCCGGGGUUCAAGCCUACAAGCAUCUCUGAGGCCGAGGCCGAAAGGUGGCGCCAGCACUUGCUCAACGGGCAGGCAGGGACGAAGGUUGCAUCACAGGGAAAACAAUCCUGCGCUACGGACUUGUCGGACUUGUUCAGCAGCGGUAAUCCCGAAUUGCCCGAUGGCGAGAAUGAGCUGGCGGAAUAUGAGCCUUCAGAUCCGGGAGGGGAGCUGUUUCCAGAACUGUUUGGUCCAGGCAUAGAGGCGAGUCAGCAGCAGGAGGAUUCAGAUCCAUUGCCCAAGGUGAGUGCAGCUUCGGCAGAGGAUGCUAAGUCCUCUGUUUGGGAUCCUGUUGACCUCCCUGAAGACAAGGAGGAAAUGGAACGCUUGAUCGAAGAGUUGAAUGCAAGAUACGCAGCGCCGCAUCGAUCCAUCCCAGAGGGACAUGUCUUGAUAACUGAGGCAGGCAACUUGGAGGAGGAAGCGCCGGAGGGAGAACCAACCGGUGAGGUGAUUGAUGAGUCCGGAGUUCCCGUAAGGUUUAUCAACCAGGCCUUGUUAUCACGGCAACACUCCCAUGACGCACAUCCUGACCCGUCGUCUGGAGUUUCUGCUGUUUCCUCAGCCACCUUGUCGUCUCCCGGUUUCGGACACCCAAACCGGGAUCUCCCAUCAUGGUCCGCAGUGAUGCUGAUGCGAGCUGGGGACGUAGGUGUACGUCGCGAUUGGCGGAAUGAGUGGAACACAGUUAAUGUUGCCAUGCAUGUUCCGGGUGAGGUCCAAUUAUGGGUUGAGCCGAGUGGGGACUCUCUGCCAAGGAGCGCCAACCCUCCCACUCCCACGUGGGAUCCACGCGACACUCACACAUUGACCGAGGUUCCAUUCACCUUCGACCCGCGCCAGCAUCAUGCAGUCCGUAUGCAACCGAAUUGGCUGUUAGUCGGUUAUACUCCUUUGGGAACGCAGAAGUUAAACCCGAGGGAUGUCGCAUUUCUAGAAUCCUGUGAUUUUCCAUUGGCCUUCAGUGCAACACAAGCACCACCUUCGCCCCAUAAGGACGUCAGGUAUCAAGUGAGAGCUCUGUCCUCGACCUCGGAGGAUACGUCCGAGUCCAGUAUCAGUUCCGAGGAGCUCCGGCAUCAGAUUGCAGUUGCAACGGUGCCCAAUGAUCAGCAGCUCCCUCCGGGUCAACUAGAGCCACUUGAAGCCGAUUUGCAACCAGAUGCAAGCACAGCGUUGGUGGGUUGGGAUUUUAGCACAGGGGAUCCAGGUGAUGUGCCGAUUCCAGGUUUGGUCAAUGUAGCACUGGCCGACUAUCUGCGGGUGCGUGGAGUCAGUGAUGCCUAUGGCCGUUUGUCAGCCCUUGGAGUAGAGUCUCCCAAUGAUCUGCAAUUCCUGCGAGGUGAGACUCCUGGAUCGCGCUCAGCGGGCCAUUCCGUGGAUAAUUCAGAAUCGUACUUUGGCGCAACGGUGUCCCGGCCUGAGGCUGAGGAGGAGGAGCUAGCAGCUCCAGAUCCCUUUGCGUUCCCUGAGAUGCCCGGUGUAGACCCAACGGACUAUCAAUACAUGAUGUACAUGCAGGCAUUGUGGGGGGAUGAAGAUUGGGUUCCAGGACCAGAUUCUGGUGUGCCCACAACUUCCGCGCAGGUAGGUGAGGACGUUGAGGUUGGAAGUUUGCCCAGCGUAGACCCGACGGUCGCAGGUCUCAUCCGGCUCCGCUGUGACUUCAGGGAUGCAGGAUCGUCUGUCGUCACGAUCCACUGCCUCUGGCGCUGCUUUGGACUUGAUGUGAAAUCUGCGUUCCUCCUCGCACCUAUUCCGGCGAAUGUGACAAGGCGAUAUGCGAUGCGCCCUCCACGAAUGCUUAUAGAGUUAGGCUUGUGCGCGGAGGACGAGCUUUGGAUUAUCCAUAGAGCAUUGUACGGAUUUCGUGAAAGUCCGAAGUGGUGGUCGAUCCACCGGGAUGAGUUCCUUAAGUCCGCCGUGUGGACUAGCCCUUAUGGCAUGGUCCGUUUGCAGCAGCUCGUCAGUGAGGGCAAUAUCUGGAGCAUGAGGCUUAGUGAUGGCUCUUGUGUGGGACACCUCCUGGUGUACGUUGACGACAUGCUACUGUUGACGGACUCCGGUGUUGCGGAAUCUUUUAUCACAUGGCUGCGACAGUCCUGGGAGUGCACUGGGCUGAAGGAAGCUACCUCUUCCGAGCCUCUUCGCUUUCUGGGUGUAGACAUAUAUGCCGAAGUUGAUAGUGAGGGAGAAGUGAUUGGUUAUAGCUUGGCACAAGAGGCUUAUAUUGAUGAGUUGUUGCGAAGCCACCAGGUGAAGCCGAGUUCGAGGGCUACAGCUCCUGUUCCACGUGAGUGGGUCAGGGAGGCCCCGGCGUGCGAGGACUUCUCUGAGGAGGAGUUGAGAGCUGGGCAACGAAUUACUGGUGAACUCCUGUGGCUCGCGCAGCGUACCCGUUUAGAUAUAGGCUACUGUGUUGCUUUGAUGUCGAGCUGGGUGUCUAGGUUUCCUCGGCAGGUAUCCAAGAUUGGAGCCCGCACUCUGGAAUAUCUUGCGAACACCAAAGAGCAUCGCCUAUUGCUUAUCCCGGGAAAGGCUGAUGGCAUUAGAAUCUAUACGGACGCCUCCUUCGCUCCGUUUGGAGCGCACUCUAUCAGCGGAAUAUUGUUGCAGUACGACGAGUGCACUGUAGCAUGGAAAUCAAAACGCCAGAGCCUGGUGACGUUGAGCACAGCAGAAUCAGAGCUGUGUGCAGGGUGUGAGGGCGUAACCCUUGCACAAUCCCUGGAAGCUUUGAUCAGUGAGCUCGAUGGAUCAACAGGACCCAAGAAGCUGUUGGUCGACAACACAGCUGCGGUGACGAUCGCAGAGGGUGGUGGCAGUGUUCGAACGAGGCACUUGCGGGUGAGGGCUGCGUUCCUUCACGACAUGAGGGAGCGGCAAGAACUAGUCGUAACUCACUGCCCGGGCGAUGUGCAGCUGGCUGAUUGCUUGACCAAGGCUUUACUUAGGUUGCAACAGUCGCUGUAG